AUGGCGACAGCGCAACAGCUUGUGGGAGAUUGUGGCAAGAAGUGGGAAGAGGAGAUUUUACCAGCGGAAACUGCUGUUGGCAUACAGUCAGUCGUGAAGGCCGCCGAAGCUGUUGUUUCCGUGCCACCCGUCCUCACACCAUCGCACACGCACACGCACAAGCCAACUUUGCCGAAUGAGAAAGCCGACCGUCCGGGCGUGGUUGGCACCGUGCAAGUGAGCACAAUUCGCAGACAACCCAACCAGACAUUCUCGCGAUGCUGCAAGAUUGAAUGUCGAUAA